AUGGGCGAUGAAAUUCAAAAAGUUAAAAAGGCAAUAGCUUUAAAUCAUGCCAUUAUAUUCGUUGGUACAGGUGUAUCUCGUUAUACGACAAAUAAUGAGCAAGACUUUGCUACGUGGGUUGGAUUAUUAAAAAGUGGGCUUCAAAGAUGUCAUCAGUCCGGAUGGAUUAGUGAUAAAGAUAUCGAUUAUUUUAUCAAGAAAUUCGAUAGUCAUCAAGCAAUCAUUGAUGACUAUUUGAGUGCUGCUGAUCGAAUUGAAAAUUGUUUUAAAAAGGAAAGUGAUGAAACAAAGAAUGACGCUUACAGAGUAUGGCUGGUGGACACAAUAGGAAAAUUGAUACCUAAAAAGUCCGAACUUAUUGAAGCUAUAGGAGAAUUGGGAUGUCCUAUUUUAACAACUAACUAUGAUGGUCUUCUUGGAGAUGUAUUGAAGAAAAAGCCCUUAACUUGGAAUAAAUACAAAACUGAUGGUAUUGGAGAUUCGUUUGAAGACAUGAAAAAUUUCGUUCUACAUGUACAUGGAUAUUAUGAAGAACCGGAUAGUGUCGUUUUUAGUAGUAACGAUUACAAGAAAAUUCUAGAUGACGAAUUUGCACAAUCGAAAUUAAGAGCACUGAUGGAAACAAAAAUUUUGUUAUUUAUUGGCUAUGGUGCUGGAAUGUCUGAUCCGAACUUUUCAAAUUUAUUACAAUGGAAAUUUCGAGUUGCAGGUCAAAAGGCGUUUCCAAUCUAUAAGCUUGUAAAAUCGAAUAAAGCCUUAAAUCAGAUUACGGAUGUUUCGUUUUUAGAAAAUGUUAGAGAAAUUCCUUAUGGUGAAACUCAUGCAGAUCUAUUAAAAUUUAUUAAAAAUCUAAAGUCGUUUACUCCACUGUUGUAUGACAGCUUAUCAUUAACAGAAGCAAAAGAAACUAUUCGUAAAAAGUAUCUAAAUUUUCUUUCUAAAGAGCAUGGUUAUGUAUCAAUAUUCGGAUAUUCUAAAUCGAACAUUAGUUUAUCUUUAGAAAGUGUUUAUGUCGAAUUAAAAUUUGAUCCAACACAUCCAUCGAUUAAAGCAAUGAAAAUGCUUGAAAUCUCUGAAGAGUUUAAACGUAAAAUUUUAUCGCAUGGAUUUUUUGAUGCCAAAGAGAUGACAAAAAUAUUCAGAGCUAUUAUGGAAGUAAAUGGAUAUAACGUUCAAAAUAUUUAUCGAGAUUUGAUGAGUGAACAAUUGUUAAAUGUUAUUUUAUCUAACAAGAAUAUAUUUACUGAAGAUGAAGCUGAUUCGAUCAAAAAUAAAAUCAAUGAAUUAAAACGUAGCAUUCUGGAAAAAUCUACUAUUAAAGAAGUCAAACAAUAUCAUAUACAACAGGCAUACAACGAAUUCAGGCAUUUUGUACUCUUAGGUCAUCCUGGUUCGGGUAAAACUACAUUAUCGAAAUGGUUGAUAAUCAAUAUGGCUAAGCAAUGUUUAGGCGAGAAAAAUAUGCUGUUUGAUAGUAGCUGUUCUAUUGAGCCAAAACUACCAAUCCUUAUACCAAUAUGGAAAUACGUUGAUCAAUUAAAAGACAAUCAACAUGAACAGAAAAAAACCUUGCUUCAAUUCAUCUAUGAAAAUCCUACUCUAGAUUCAAAUUAUUUUAACGAUGACGAACGAAAAUUACUGUCAUCUUUGAUUAUACAAUCGUUGAUACGAGGCAAUGUGUUAGUUAUUUUCGAAGGAUUAGAUGAAGUUCCUGUUCAUAUAGAUCGAUCUGGUUUAAUGAAAGAAAUCAAUGAUUUAUUAGAACGUGGAAUAGACUAUGAUGCAAAACAUGGCAAAAUUUCUUAUUCAAUUUAUGAACGAAAAGAAAUAAAUAGUACUGAUGAUCCGACUAUUGGCAAUCGAUUUAUUAUCACAAGUCGUAUUGAAGGAAAUUAUUUCGAACAAAUCAAUUUUUAUAUACCUAGAUUAACAAUUGAGGAUAUGUCUAACGAAGCUCUCAAAUUAUUUUGUAAUUCCUACAUGGAAUGUAUAAAGGAAAAUUCUAUCAAGAGUGGGAGACAUGUGAAAGAAUACAAGACUGAUCAAUUAUAUGAUGAUAUUACGAAAAAUAAAGAUAUUUUUCGAUUAGCAAUCAACCCACAACUGGCUAGUGUAAUUGCUGCCAUUUACAAUCAAUGUGAAGACAAAUUGCCAGAGAAAAGAAUUGAUCUAUAUGAAAAAGCAAUAGAAAAGAUGAUUGAACGAUUGACAAAUUCUUCGAGUAGUUCUCCAACAAACUAUAUAAGUAAAGAACUUGGACUCAAUGCUACUAUAUUAUGGUCAAUAAUGCAAGAAAUAGCUGAAUAUUUACAUAGUAAAGUGGAAGGUUUGCAAGAGAAUAUUUUAAAAGAAAUUAUAAGAAAAUGUCUGGUAGAUUAUCAGAAACAAUCAGCAAAAGAUUCUCAGAUCAACAUCGAUGAUACAAUCGGAAAGCUUGUUGAUAUAUUUAAAUAUCAAGCAGGUUUAUUGAAUGAAUUUGGUAAUAAUAGCUUUCGAUUUAUUCAUCGUACGUUUCAAGAAUAUCUUGCAGCAAAAAGUAUUAUUUAUUUUAAUGGAUCACAACGAAAUGAAGAUAUUAUUUUGAAAAAUAUUCAAGAGAAAAUUGCUAAUCCGAAUUGGAGAGUUCCUCUAAGCAUGGCAUUUGGAAUAUUGAGUAAAUCAACUCAAUACAGUGAAUUAUUUAACAAUAUUAUUGGGAAAUUAUUUAACGAUGAGCAAGUUUCAUCGAAUGCACAGUUUUCUACCUCUCUAAUACCGUAUGUAAUCAUUGAUUCAUUGAGCGAUAUGCAUUUUUCAUCAAAAGACACCGACUAUACAUUGAUUCGAAAGUUAUUAGAACAUCUAAUGAUCGAUUAUAAAAAUUUGUCCGGCUUUUCAAGAUUAAAAGAGCAUCAAGAAUUAAUUCAAUCGUAUUUUUCAAAAUUGAAAAAAACUUACAAUAGUUUAAUCACUGAAUGGUUUAUUGAAAAGAUAAAUCAAGGAGAAAAUAUUGCACCAUAUGCCAAUAUUAUCUAUCAGUUGAAAUGGUAUGAUCCCAAAUUUCAUGAAAUAUUUUUAAAGAAUUUACAUCAUGAUUCUGUGAUUUGGAAUUGGCCAAUUGAUUCGAUCUUACGGUUUUAUUCAACAAAUAUCGAACACGAAUCAGUAUUAUUGGAAUUAAAAUUUAAAAGAAUGCUAAAUAAAAAUCCGGAAAUGGUUAAACAUAUAAAGAACAAUAGUGAGUGGUUAUGCGUCGUUGUGGCUCUUUAUGGAGGAUACAAAAAUUACAAUACUCCCUCAAGUAUCAGAGAAUAUUUGGAAAUCGGUCAAUUUCUUUCUUUAAGUGACAAAGAAAGGACACCAUUUAUUUUUUAUUAUCAGGAAGUAUGGGGCCGGGAAGAUCCAGCCUACAGUAUGGCUGUGCAUCUGGACACAGCUGUAUCUAAAGAACGCUGGACUGAAAAACCAAUAUUCGAUACGAAUCAAAUCUACAAAGAAUCAUAUCUAACAACAAAAAUUAUCGAGUUCCUCGCUAAAGAAAAAUCUGUAACAGAAUUACUAGAAGACUUGAGAAAGCAAAUCAAUAGUCAAUUAUUAUCUGCUGGUGAAAAAAUAGACGUAUUGAUUGCAUUAAUGGCUUUGGGGGAUUUCGAUUAUAUAAACACUUUUAUCAAAGAAAUAGAGCAAAAAUUGAUAGAAAGCUUCGGCAAUAGAGUAGACCAGUUAAUUUGCAGCUUAAAAGAUCCGAUUGCAAGGUGCUCUUCACAAGUCCCAAACUAUUUACUUACAGCUUAUAAGAUGAUGAAAGCAAAACAAUUGAAAUAUAAUCUUAGUUUUCCUGAAUAUUGCAAAAUAUACUUAUCUCUAGUAGCUGAUUGUGGAGGAUUACCUAUUGACACUACAAAAUUAGCUGUAGCUAUGGACAAUCUGGAACAUAAAUAUACUUUAUAUUCAGAAUAUCUUGCCUUUAAAUUUACCAGCCCGGAAGUGGACGGUGAUAGCAAAUAUAAUGUUGCGAAGACAUUAGAAAGUAUGGAAAUAUACAAAACAAGUGAAAUUAUAAAUUCAUUUGUAAAAAUAAAUGAUUCUGUUCAGAUCUAUAGACCUAUUCGAUCAUACUCAUGGCCGACAGAUAUAUUUAUUUUCAAAUCUAAUAACGAUGAUGAUCUAUCAAUCGCAUUUUUCAAUUGUUUAGAAAACAUCCAUACUAAUUUAUCAUUUUCGGUAUAUCAGAUCUCCAAAUGUUUACUUGAGAAGGGAUAUUUCGAAAAAAAUCCUGAGUUGACUACAUUAAUGGUGUUAUUAAAUUUUGGCACUAUGUCAAACCAUGGAGACUAUCGUGAAAUUUGUGACCGUUUGCUUCCUGAGUUGACCGAUAAGACAAAUAUUAAAGAAUUUCUACAUGAAAGAAUUACAACCAUCAGCAAUUCAUACUAUAGAUCGAGAGCAUUAAGUCAAUUGGCACAAUUCUAUGAUGGGAAAAGCUAUGAGCUUUUGCAAGAAUCUUUCGAACUCACGAAAUCUAUUCAAGAAUCAGUUCUCAGGUUUCAAGUUUUGGAAAAAAUAUUUAGUACUACUCAUUACAAGGAAGUUAAACAGAAGUCGUUUAUCAAAAAAAUACUUGACGAAUUAGUUUUAUCAUAUGAUACCAUUACCGAUCAGUAUGAUCGAGUUAUUGCAUCGAUACGGUUAUCAUUUUAUGGAUCAGGUGAUUUUCGAAAAAAAUAUUUGACAAAUGCCAUAGAAGCACUUUCGAAGAUGGAUGAAAAUGAGGAACAAAUGAAACUAAUAAUAAAAUUAAAACCAUUAAUUUCCAUUUAUGAUGAGCUUCAAAUCGACCUUAAUGGGAUUAUAGAGAAUGUGAAAAAUAAAAUAUAUAAGCAUUAUGUUAAUUCUUAUUAUGGACGAAUACUGUUUUCUGAAAAACUAGAUAUUGAUAAUGUUUCAAAUUCAGCCUUAGUCAUAGAUAGAAAAGUCGAAAAUAUUAGUCAGGAAGAACAAAAUAACGAUUUGCUAGAUCGCAGUGGUAAUGGUGAAAAACCAACUGAAGACCUGAUAAAACCAGAUGAUAAUGGUGACAAACCCACUGAAAGCAUAAUAAAAUGCAAUAAUAAUAAUAGCGAUGAUGAUAGCGAUGAUGAUAACGCUUUUCUUGAACGCAAAAAUAAGAAUGUUGCUCAAAUCAUAGAUGACUCCGACUAUUCUAACAUUCAAGCUCUAUUUAUGCUUUUCGCACAAUUGAAUGAUGUUCAGCUAGCACUUGUCAAGACAAACAGCUUAAAUCAAUUGUGGAUUAAUCUUUUUAAAGAUACGAGUAAUCAAUCCAAUGUUGAACAUUUACUCAAAGUGGCCUUCGAUAGUGAACUACUUUUGACACCACAAGUAGCAAUUAUUAUUGACGAAUUAGUACGAAACGGAAAAGAAGAUAAAAUCUCAUUUCUUUUUCCGUACAUAAUAAAACCAUCAAAUGAAGUGUUACCAAUUGUUCAUAGAUGGUUUACUGAUCUUCAUAACAGUCAAAUCCAAAAGUUAGCAGCUCUGCUUCUUACAGAAGCAAAACAUGUUUUCGAAGCUGCCAUCGAUACACUUAUAGAUUUACUAAAAAGUGACAAUGAUCAGAUCCGAUAUAGAGCCCAACGAGUUUUUCAACAUCCCGAAAGGGAUGUUAAUGAACCGAGCAAAAGAAUAUCUGUGAUUGGGGAAAAAACAUUAAUGACAAUUCUGCAAAAUAAAUUGUUGAAAGAGCAUCUUUCACGAGUUCGAGUUUAUCUUCAUACUUUUUUCUUUGACCUUCUUUGGGAUGACCCUCUUGUAUUUCAAAGUCUUUAUGAGUGUGUCGCAAAAUUGAAAGAAAGGCAAUCUGCUGGCGGAAAAAAAAUGAGAUUUUUUGAUUGCAUUUUCUUUAUCAAUGAAAGCACUUGGAAUUCAAUUUUGAACACCUUGCAAUCGCCGUCACAUUCAUCGUAUGUAGAAGAAAUAUUUCAUUCAACCAUGGCGCUAAUGAAUCGUGAUCAAAUAUCAGAACAAUGCUGGAACGAUUUUUCGAAAAUACUGUCGGUUACAGAUACAAGCCAAUUCAAAGAAAAAUUGUAUUUCCAAGAAAACGAAAUCACAGCAAGUAGAUUUAUACUGCAAACAGUUUGCAGCUCGACAUGUGCAAACGAUGAAGCAUACUUUCAACUUCUUGAAUCAAUGGUUAUUAAUGAACUAACUGUUCGAAUCGAAAGUCUUUCGCAAGCUAGUUUUCAAAACAUUAAAGGUAUUUGUAACUGUACUUUUUAUGUAUCAACAAAUGAUUUAAAUGGCGAAAUAUUGAGCAUGUUAGAUGAUUUUCCAAUAACCAUCAAUAUAAUGGAAGUUUUAAUUAAGUGGUUGUUACAAAGAAUGAACAGUUUCAAAGGCAUUGAUGAUACCAUGUUUUCAGUAAUAUCAUGUCAAAAUUUGUUAUCCUUAGUUGCUGCGUGUGCUCAACAAGAGGAUUACUUAUAUCGAAAAAUUAUUGACUCUCCAGAUUUUAAUAAAGCUCAAAUAAUCAAACUUUUAGAAAAAGUACUCAAUAACCAUCGGUCCUUUAUAUCGAGAGGUAGUGCUUUUAUUUUAUUGUCAGCAAUGAACAAUUCCGAUCAAAACGUAAUCAUUAACGCAUUGAGUGCACUAUUUGAUGAAAAUGAGGUUAAAAAAUAUGCUGCAAUUGGAAUUCCUCUAAUACACUUAUCGCCAAAUGAAUUUAUAGAUGAUUUAUUAAAAUCUUUGAAAAAUGAAAGUGCGAUAAAAGCUUAUGAAAUAUUAAAAAUUUUAACGCAGUAUACUUUGGAUGAAAAAAUUGAUGCCCAUACGAAAUCGAAAAUAAUUAGUUAUUUAGCAAAAGAAAUUGGAGAAUUAAAAUCAAAAAAACCAAUUAACUACUAUUAUACAGAUAUCAAGAUUCCCUUUACGACAACAUUGGAAAACGAAUUAUACAAAACAUGGGUAAAAAUACAAGGGCUCUCUGGAAAAGCGCAAUACCAAACUGACACAGAAACAUAG